AUUGUCAAUGCCAACUUCUAACUGUUGUGUACUUCUAGCACGUGUUUCUUUUACAAUAAAACAAAUAAAAUGGGUGUUAUACAAAGAAUAAAAAAACCUACAACCCGUAAGGGUAAAAAAGUAUUACUGUCCAGAGAACCUAAACCAAUUGAAGGUCCUAAGCAAUGCAUUUUUCUUCAAGCUCGUAAUCCAUCCGAAAGAGCUAGAAAAGUUUUAAAAGAUAUUUAUGAUUUAAAAAAGCCAGAUGCAGCAUACUUAAGUAGAAAGAAUGAUUUUGUUCCUUUUGAAGACGGGACACUUAUUGAAAAAUUAUGCUACAAAAAAGAUGCAUCUUUAUUUGGAGUCAGUUCUCACAGCAAAAAGAGACCUCAUAAUAUUAUACUUGGAAGGACCUUUAACUAUGGCAUAUUAGAUAUGAUAGAACUUGGAGCAGAUAACUUUAAGGCCAUGUCAGAUUUUCAUAAUAUGAAAGUGUUAGCUGGUAUAAAACCUUGCCUAAUUUUCAACGGACCUGUUUGGGACUUGAAUCAAGACCUGAAAAGAUUAAAGUCCCUUUUUACAGAUUUCUUCUAUAGAGAAAAGGUCGAUUCUGUGAGACUUCAAGGCCUAGAACAUGUCAUUAGCUUUACAGCGACUGAUGAUGGCACCAUUUAUUUACGGUCUUACAGAAUUCAUUUGAAAAAAAGCGGUCAAAGAACUCCAAGAAUUGAAUUAGAAGAAAUAGGUCCUUCGGUAGAUUUUAAACUUCGUAGGACCAAGUUGGCUUCUGCUGAUUUGUACAAGGAAGCUUGCAGAAUACCUAAAGAAGUCAAGCCAGUGGCUAAGAAGAACCUGUCUACAGAUGCGUUCGGAACGAAACUGGGCCGUAUUCACAUGGGUAAACAGGAUAUAAACAGACUACAAACCCGGAAGAUGAAGGGUUUGAAGAAGACAACCGAAGAGAAAAAGCAAAUGCUAUUAAGAAAGAAAAUGGCUAAGAAAGAAGCAAAAAAAGGAAAUAUGUCAAAUGCAUAAACUUUUAUUAUCACAA